CUAUUGGCUGCUCUCCGGAGAGUCGAGGCAGCUCAGAUAUUAACGACCGCUGGGCUCGCGGCAGCAUGUCAGUGUGGGAAAGCGAUGGAGAGGGAGCAGCUCGGGCAGAAGAAGCUCGGAGAGAAGCCGUUUGAGUCGUCACUGGACUUUUUCCGCUUCGUUCAUUUGACGCCAAAGCUGUGGUGAAGUCGCGGUGGCUCUGUCUUCGGAGGAAGAAACCUCACCUUCUCUCCGCUGUGCUCCGCGGACCUCUGCGCUGGAUGGGGAUAAACGGAAUACAUCAUUCCUCUCCGUUGACUCACACGAGUGGAAGUGGACUAAAGCAAUGAUGGCAGGUCAUAAUCACCAGAGAGACUGUUCUACCACUGAAGUAUUACAGAAAAUUAACAGCCUCACUUCUGCUUAGCUGAAACACAACUCCCUGAGGCAUAUGCUGGUCCUUUUACCUUUAUUUAUCUGGCCUAUGUGCCCUUUCCUAUAACGCAGAGACAAGGAGACUUACUAAGGGGUCUCUGUGCAUCAGCGGACAGUAGAUCAACCAGUUACAGCCCAGGGGAUACAAUGUGGGAUUAGAUCUCCAUCACCCCAACAACAAAUGGUCUAUUAUUUUUGAAAAGCUCUGGCCACUUAAUUUACAAGGAACAGUUAUUUGCAGGAGGGAACUGGGCCAAAAUGAAAGACAUGUCAUUUGUGGAUUAUUUGCUACUGGGGUUUGCGAUGGCUACAUUUGUUCUUGCUGUGGAGGAGCGAGGCAGCUGUCCUAAGCUUUGUGAGUGUGAGAUUAGGCCCUGGUUUUCCCCCAGUUCAGUUUAUAUGGAGGCCCCUACUGUUGACUGUAAUGACUUAGGACUUUUUAACCUUCCUUUGACAUUAUCUGCAGAUACACAAGUUAUUUUACUACAGACCAAUAACAUUGCCAGAAUUGAGAAGCCUUUGGAUUACUUGCCCAAUGUCACUGAGAUUGACCUUUCGCAAAACAACAUAUCCUCAAUAAGAGACAUCAACUUGGGCCACCUUCCUCAGCUCUUGUCCCUCCAUAUGGAAGAAAACUGGAUAUGCUCCCUACCGGAUAAUGCCCUUUCCCAACUCCUCAAUCUUCAGGAACUGUACCUAAAUCACAACCUCAUCUCCUUCAUCUCACCUAAGGCUUUCCAUGGCCUUCACAACUUGCUUAGAUUACAUCUCAACUCCAAUAGGCUUCAGAGUAUAAGCAGCAAAUGGUUUGAAUCCCUGCCCAAUCUGGAGAUUCUAAUGAUCGGAGAAAACCCUGUCAUCUCUAUCCAGGACAUGAGCUUUAAGCCGUUAAGAAACUUGCGCAGUCUUGUCCUUACUAGGAUGAACUUGUCACAGAUUCCAGACGAUGCACUAACAGGCCUUGACAAUCUGGAGAGCAUCUCAUUCUAUGACAAUACUUUCCUGGAGGUCCCGCAUGGUGCCCUUAGACAUCUUAAGAAUCUCAAAUUUUUGGACCUUAACAAAAACCCCAUUGGGCGAAUACAGAGGGGUGAUUUUGUUGACAUGCUCCAUCUUAAGGAGCUAGGCAUCAACAACAUGCCAGAGUUGGUGUCCAUCGACAGCUUUGCCCUCAACAACCUUCCAGAGUUGACCAAGAUUGAGGCUACCAACAACCCGAAAUUGUCCUAUAUUCAUCCCAAUGCCUUCUACAAGCUACCAAGGCUGGAAACCCUUAUGCUGAAUGGUAAUGCCCUCAGUGCCCUACACAGGAUCACUGUGGAGUCUCUUCCCAACCUGCGGGAAGUCAGCAUGCAUUCCAACCCCAUCCGAUGUGACUGCGUAGUACGCUGGAUGAAUAUGAAUAAAACCAACAUCCGCUUUAUGGAACCUGACUCCCUGUUCUGUGUGGAACCCCCUGAGUAUGAAGGUCAGCAUGUGCGGCAGGUACACUUCAGGGAGAUGAUGGAGAUCUGUCUGCCUCUCAUCUCUCCAGAUAGUCUGCCCACUCAGGUCACUGUGGAUAACGGGAGCUCGUUGUCUCUGCACUGCCGGGCCUUUGCUGAACCAGAGCCUGACAUCUACUGGGUCACUCCUUCUGGGCACAGGGUUCUCCCGAAUGUGGUGGCAGAUAAGUUUUACAUGCAUCCUGAGGGCACGCUCGACAUUUAUGACAUCACAGAGGGAGAGGCUGGACUGUACACUUGUGUGGCACACAAUCUUGUAGGUGCAGAUUUAAAGUCUGUCUCUGUGGAUGUGAAUGGGUACUUCCCACAGCCUGCCAAUGGUUCUCUUGAUGUCAUCGUCCAGUCUGUGCAAGCCAACUCUGUCCUAGUGUCCUGGAAAGCCACUCAUGGCAGCCUGGCGCCAAACAUCAAGUGGUACACAAUGCCCAGUGCUGACCAUCCAACUGUGGCUUUCACAGCGAGAGUCCCAUCUGAUAUGAGGAUGUAUAAUCUCACACAUCUCAGUCCUGCCACACAGUAUAAAGUGUGUGUGGACAUCAGGAGCAUCCAACAUAAACACAAUACCAAGUGUGUCAAUGUCACAACUAAAGGAUUAGAGCAAGUUGUCGAAGAGGCCGAGAAGUGGGAUACAGUGGUGAUUGCUGUUUUUGGUGUGCUUCUCACCAUUAUUUCAGUAGCUUGCUUGCUGAUUUGCAUGUCUUUAAGGAACCACUACCUUUACACGGAGUUAAGGAGAUGCCCAUCAAAAACAGCACUGACACCUGAAGCUAGUAUUCAGUCUCCUUUUACAAGGCUCUGGGUUUCUGGGAAAGGGAUGCCAACUGCUGUGGAGGUGAAAGCUACAGUCAUAAACGUGUUGGACAAUGCCUUCUAAGCAGCCCACUCGGAGAACUGCAAAGAGCUUUGAAAGCCGACAAGGCAUGAAAGGAGAACAUAACAUUUCAAAUGUGUGUCCUUUUGCCUUGACAUACAACAAACUAUUAAAGUGGAAGAGGUGUCUUCACAUUUAACCAGCGCUAUAUCCCCAAUUACGACCUGUAUGAGGUGGUAAAGGAGAUGGAAUCAAGGCCUCUACGAGGAGGAAAGUCGAGACACUUUGAUAAAAUAUGGAUUGCAGUAAUUCUGGGUCAUUUACUGGGUGCAGAUUAUAAACAAAUGAAAGGAUGGUGUUAUUUCUUAUAAAUGACUGUUAAUCAUGUAAACAGUAGUGAAGCUGUCCUUGUGGUCCCAAGCAAUACCGUCUGUGCUGUACAACAUCCAUAGACGCGUUAGAGAGGCCGAUUAUUUGUAAAGGGGAACAUCUAGUAGACUAGAAAAUUAUAGUGACUAUGGUGUAAAUUUUUGAUGAAAUAUAUCUUUUUUCUAUUUAAUAGAGGAUUUUGACUUUUCAUGGCUACAAUUGUUAUAUAUUCUAUCCAAAAAUGUAACGGAUAUGUUCUGUAGCCAGGCAUUAAACCAGUGUGAAUUAAUUACAGUAUGGAAGAAGAAACUUGCAUAUCGAUAUCACAUAUUUUGCUGAGUAAAACACUACAUCGUAAAGAAUAGAUUCAAGAUACAAGAUAAGUAAUAUAUAAUCUUAUCAAGAUUGGGUGUUGACAAAUCCAAACAGCAGCGCUAGCAACAAAACGUGAGAAUAUCUACCCAAAAUUCCUGUAAAAGUUUGUUUAAGCCAGGGUAAGUGCCUACUCCGAGACAUGAAAACUAGGAAGAUGCCAGAAUAUAACUGUCAGAUCAGUGGAGAACAGAAGUAAUGACUGCAGCCUCACAAGCCAAACAUCUCAAACUUUCAUUGGAAAUACUCUCUCAGUACUUUCAACAUUCACAUGGUUCAAAAGCAUUUUGUUCUUGCUUUGGGUGUUAAAGUUAAAAGCCAUUUUUAUAUUGACUGUGCUGUCUGUGAUAUCUAAGCACAUUAGUCAAUGAGACUCUGUGCAAAGAAGAGAAUACUGAAUAAAUGUCAACGUCUUUUUGCAAUCA